AUGACGAGUUCAGGCCUAUCCGAGAAGCGGAGUGUCUUGAGGCUGCCAAGCCCCAUGCCUCCCUUCCUAUCGAAAUCCAUUUCGGCACAGCCAUCGCCAGCUCGGGACAACCGCGUCCUCGUGAAGCCCUAUGACGUCUCAGCCAGUGCCCAACGCUCUGAGCAAAGUCCACCCCGAAAGGCCGAGAAGCUACGGCGAAGUUUUCUUCCUGGCGGUAGAUCACGGUCCAAUUCUCAUGACACUAGUAGCCGGCCGGUCGAGGCAUGGGUUAUUAGUCCCAUGGGCUCGGAAAAUUCCGGCAUAGAGUAUAACACAUCUUUGCUUGUAAAAGGGGAAAAGGUGCCCGAGCUUUGGAAUGACGCGGCGAACAUCUGUGUUCAUCUCUACCCGCUCGAGACAGGCCACGGGCCGUCUUUCAAAAUCCCAAGCACGUCCAUCGCGUCAUCGCCCAUCUUUACGGAACUCAUCCAAAAUACAUUUGGCCUCGGGAAGGGACCCGGCGGCCGUCGCAAUCGGCUGGCGCAACCAUCUCCUUUUGCAAUUUUUAUGGAAAUUUCCAAGCUCUUGGAAGAGUUCGCUUUUACGAGCUACGAUGGGCUGUCGUUUGGCCAAGAGGUGGACCUCUCGUUUGGCUUUUACAUUCGCCAAAUCGGCCUUGGGGACGUCCGCAACAGCCGCGAGAAGACGGUCGAGGCUCUCGUACUCGGGGAGAGAAUGCGUUCGGCCGAGCUGUACAAUGAAGCUUUUGCGCAUGCUGUCGGAAAGUAUUCCGCCAUCGUCGACCUGAAAUCCCAGCUAUUUUCCAUGGUUUCCGCCCAGACUCGCCAGCGUCUCGACAGGGCGCACUUGGAUCUGCUCAACCGACAGCACAAUGUGAAUGUGCGCAUUGAGCAAUUCGAUUUCCCUUCACUCUUCGCCGGUGUGGCCAAUUCUACAUCCAUGACCGAGUUUCGAGCCGUUCGCUUCAAGCAGUGGAAAAAUGCGUUUCUCCGCAUGCGGCACUUCACACUUUCCUACUACAAGUCUGUGUUCGGAAGCUGGCCGCCAAAGGCCAGCAGCAGGAAGAACCCCUUCUCGGAAAGUGGUCUCAAUAGGCUCGUGCUCAAGGCGCUCUACUCAGAUAUGUGCGCCCUUUACGACUUGUUGGCUGACCGGCAGUCUCUGACACCCAGGGUUAUUGACCAAGGGCUUUUCGAGAUGCAGGAGGGAGAUGACCCCGUCAUCACAGCCUUGAGGCGCAUGCUCUCCGAGUUUGACAACUCUUCUCCACCCGUGCUCCCCCAUACCCUUUGA